CGCUCGCUCCUCCGCCUGUUGGGCCCUGCCGGGACCCGUCGACGCAGUGGCGUGUGGGAAGGAGAGAUGAUGGCGGCGGAACCGAGCAAGACGGAGAUUCAGACUCUUUUCAAGCGGCUCCGGGCGGCGCCGGCCAACAAGUCGUGCUUCGACUGCGGCGCCAAGAACCCGAGCUGGGCCAGCAUUACCUACGGGGUCUUCCUGUGCAUCGACUGCUCCGGCGUCCACCGCUCCCUGGGCGUGCACGUCAGCUUCAUCAGGUCCACAGAGCUCGACUCUAACUGGAACUGGUUCCAGCUGAGAUGUAUGCAAGUGGGCAGCAAUGCCAAUGCGACUGCUUUCUUCCGCCAGCAUGGCUGCACUACAACAGAUGCCAAUGCUAAGUAUAACAGUCGAGCUGCCCAGAUGUACAGGGAGAAGAUCCGGCAGCUGGCAAGUGCUGCCAUGGCCAAGUAUGGCACUGAUUUGCUCAUAGAUGGACUCAGUGGAGCCCCUGGGCAUUCCCCUGACAAGAGUGAUGCUGAUUUCUUCAUGGAGCACACACAGUCUUCCAGAACCUGGGAUGUAGCAGAUGCCAGCCAGAAUCCUGCACAGUCUUCCUUGGACAUGGAAAAAGCACCAAAGUCAUCAGAAAGCAGUGAAGCAGCACAUCCAAGCCAAGGCCCAUCUAUUGACUUGUUGAGCACAUCUCCUAAAGCUCCUAUAGACAUGUCCAUGUACCUGUCACCACAGGAGCCUGCUCCUGCCAGAGAACUGAAAUCCUCCCUCAUUGGAAAGAAGAAGCCAGGAGCUGCCAAGAAAGGGUUGGGUGCCAAAAAAGGUCUUGGAGCCCAGAAAGUGAGUAGCCAGAGCUUCAAUGAGAUUGAGCGGCAAGCUCAGGUGGCAGAGCAGCUGAGGGAGCAGCAGGCAGUGGAGUCCAGGAAACAAGCCGAGGAGUCCAUAGUCACCUCAAUGCGACUGGCUUAUCAGGAACUGCAGCUUGAUCGAAAGAAGGAAGAGAAAAAGCUUCAAAACCUUGAAGGGAAGAAGCGUGAACAAGCGGAGAGGCUAGGCAUGGGCUUGGUGUCAAGAAGUUCUGUUUCACACUCAGUGAUGUCUGAGAUGCAAGUAAUUGAGCAGGAGACGCCACUGGCUGCAAAGUCUUCCCGCUCCCAAUUGGAUUUAUUUGAAGAUGGUGGAGGCUUCACAUCUGGACCCCCCAAGUACAAAUAUAAUCCCUUCUCAUUUGAAGAUGCCUUUGGCUCACGAUGGGAAACAGACUCUUCAUGGGGUAUGGACAAAGACGAGGAAUCAGAGGUGACAGUUUCCAGUAUUCGGCCAAUUUCAGAGAGGCCUACCAGUAGGCGGGAUAUGGAGAACAGGACAUCAGUUGUGGAAUCUAAUGAAGCUCGGCAGAAAUUUGCAGGAGCUAAAGCCAUCUCUUCAGAUAUGUUCUUUGGGCGGGAAGCAGAUGCUGAGUAUGAAGCCAGGUCCCGACUACAGCAGCUCUCGGGCAGCAGUGCUAUCAGCUCCGCAGACCUGUUUGGGGAGGCUGAGAAUGCACACUCAGGUGGUGUAUCAAUUGGAAACGUUCUGCCUGCUGCUGAUAUCGCACAGUUUAAGCAAGGAGUGAAGACAGUUGCUGGCAAGAUGGCCGUCCUAGCCAAUGGAGUGAUGAACUCCCUCCAGGAUCGUUAUGGCUCAUAUUGAUGACCCAAGGACUGCAACUCACAGGGAAGCCAGCAAGAGGCACUGAUGCCACUUUUGCCUGGAGUACACUCUGCAGGAUUGUCUUAGUUUAUCUGGGGUGGGUGGGGAAGGGAGAAGGAAAGCAGAAGGGUUCAGCAUGUGGCUGUGCACAAGAUGCUUUCCAAAUAUCUCUGGAUUCCACACUGCAUUAAAAUUCAAUGUGCCCUCAACCCACUGCUACUUACUAGCCAGUGGAGACUGGGAUAAUCUCCCUGCUGUGAAAGAUAAGAUGGGAACUCCUGUGGCUGCCCUCAUCAGUGCUGCUAUCCUUCUUAGCCCAUACCUUAGCUCACCAUGUUAUAGAGGAAAUGGGGAUGCUGUAUUUCUGAAUGUGGUGUUACCUGAUCCUCAUGGACAUGACUGUGGUUUCUUGUUCUGCUCAGUGCUUCUAUUGCCUGUUUCCACGCAGGCUGCUGUUGCAGUUCACAUCACUGGUAAGACAUUUUCAACUGCAAGGUUCUAGUGUGCAUGGUAGUCCAUGGUGUCACGGAUUCCUCUAUAUUUUCAGGGUCUGCUUUGUACCAUGGGGUGAUUUUUUCCUAUUGUCUUGUAAACCAGCAUGUAUUGAUGCAGGAGAACAAAUCAAAGCAAAGAUUAUUUUUUUAGCUUCUAAUCACAUCAACAACAACAGCAAAGUCCCAGGUACUGAAGUAUGGUAAGGAUGUUUGCUGGCUAGUGUGUUGCUCAGCUAUACUUUACUUCCAGACUUGGACAGAGAGAAAAAUCCUGACCUCUGACUUAACCGAAGUGUGUUGUGGGUGAGGGGGGCUGCAUGAGGACUGUUAUUUUUGUCCUGCUCAGGUUGACUCUUUGCUCCUGACUGUGUUUUUAACAAGAGCUAUUUUCAGGUAUCUUUGACUAUGCAGUUGAGGAUGGAAUAGCCCUUUAUCCCCUAUUAAGUGCUCUACAGUUGAAAAAUAACUGUAUUAGCAAAACAA